CGGGGCAUAGUCGGGUCGCGAGACCGGCUGGUUCAUACUUCCUCUUCUGCUUUUCUCUGGAACGCGGCGGAGGGAGCAGCAGUGAUGGGGGUCCAGAUGGCUCUUUGGCUGGUGUCAGCCCUUGUGGCAGGUAUUUCUGCCAAUGAGUUCAGUGUAUUAAGAUAUCCUGAAUCCAUUGUUUUCCGUGAAGGAAGUUGGCCAAUACCCGGCGAGCGAAUUCCAGAUGUGGCAGCGCUUUCCAUGGGCUUCUCUAUUGAGGAAGAUCUCUCUUGGCCGGGGCUAGCAGUUGGAGAUCUCUUCCGGCGUCCUCGAGCUACAGUUCUAGUCACAGUGACAGGGAUAGACAAACUAACGUUGCCUAAAAACGGCAUAUCUUACCCAGUUGAGAAUGCGGUUCCUUUUAGCUUGGAUGGUGUUGCAAAUGCAAUUCACACCUUAUUUUCUGAAGAAACCCCUGUCGUGGUACAGCUAGCUCCUAGUGAAGAGAGAGUGUACAUGGUGGGAAAGGCCAACUCUGUAUUUGAGGAUCUUUCUGUCACACUGCGGCAGCUUCGGAACAGAUUGUUCCAGGAAAAUUCCAUCCUAGCUUCCCUUCCGCUCAACUCACUGAGCAGAAACAAUGAGGUUGACCUGCUCUUCCUGUCAGAAUUGCAAGUUUUGCAUGAUAUCACAAGCUUGCUAUCCAGGCACAAACAUCUGGCCAAAGAUCAUUCACCAGAUCUGUAUUCUCUAGAGCUCUCUGGGUUGGAAGAAAUUGGCAAACGUUAUGGGGAAGAUUCACAACAAUUCAAGGAUGCCUCUCAGAUUCUUGCAGACUCCUUACAAAAGUUUGCAGACGAGAUGUACAACCUCUAUGGUGGGAAUGCAGUGGUUGAGGUAGUGACCGUGAAGACAUUUGACACGCCCUUUGUGAGGAAGUCCCGAUCCAUUCUGCAGUCUACACAGCCCAAAGAUGAAAAUCCAUAUAAUUUAGGAUAUGAAUACAACUUUAACUAUGCUGUGGUCUUCAACAUAGUCUUCUGGAUGAUGAUAGCCCUUACCAUAGCUGUGAUAGUCAUCUCCUACAACCUCUGGAAUAUGGAUCCAGGCUACGACAGCAUCAUUUAUAGGAUGACGAACCAGAAGAUUAGGAUGGAUUAAGGUUUAGAGUCAGGUUUUAAAGGCGUAAGGUUUUUCCAGGGCUUUGGCCCGGUUCAGUAUGGACUCUCUUGGUUUUCUUCAGCAGUGCAAUGUGGAGUAUCCCCUUGUGUUUUCCUUUAGGAUAUAUUUAAAAGGCUAGCAGUGGGCAUAGUCAGCUUGCAGAGCUGAAGCUGUACACUGCUGUUAAAUCAUGAGCAAUUGCUUAUUGACACUAUGUGAAAAUGAUUCCAUUUUGUGGCUGUGCAAUAUGCAUUGAGUUCUACAUAUGCUCCUCUGUACUGUUGUGACUAAACGUGUGAAAUGACUGCACUGAACGUAUGCUAGUAAAUUGCUUUGUUUAAAUUCUUUGCACUGGUGAUUUAGGAUGUUACCUUGAGACUCUGUUGUAGAUUAUGAAUUAAAUUUGUUGUGAAUGUAAAUACUUUAAAUUGCCGUCUUUAGACAUCUAGUCCUGUUUACAGUGGAACUUCUAUUCUGCACCUCCUGCUUUGUGUGUACAACUUGUAAGGCACCCUACAAAUUUUGUUCAGAUUGAACAUUUGUUUAAAGAUGUACAGGAGUUUGAACAAGGAAGAAAAUACAUGUGACUAUAACAGAGAACAUUAGAAUUUGCAGGAUUUUGUAAUUAAAUGUCAUGGAUUGUGUCAGAGGUUGAAAACAAGGGUUGGUUUAGUGCAACUGCAAUGACUGCAAAUCUGUAAAUACAGCCUAUUCUUAUUCAUAUUGGGAACAAAAACAAUACAGCAGCUCAACACAUAACAGUAGAAACAUAAGCAAUAUGCAAACAAGAAAGCAACGCUGCCAUUCACGAACUACUAGAUGAAUACAAAAACUCCACACUGCCACCCUUCUUCCUAACCCCCCCCCAAAAGCGUUCACAUUGGCCUGGUGCUUUUUAUCCCUCUUAACCUCCUGAGUUAAUCACCAGUGCAAGACAGAGUGGAGAGGUGUGAUUUUUGUGGCCGCCCUUGGUGGGGGCCAACCUACUGGCUGUAAAUCAGUGGGGAGGGGGUCCAGGAUCUUCUGGGUUGGUCCUCCUAUCAAGGAGAGCAGCUUUAAAUUGAUUUAUUACAGUCAAAGACAAGAAAUGCAGACAUAUACAGCAGUAGAGAACAUGUAAAUAUGAAUAAAUUUAAACUCUAUAAGCUAGAACACGAUAAAAAAUAGAUAUAAAACAAUUGAAAUAUGUAGGUUAAAACCUUAACCGCCAAUUUAAAAUACAUGUGUUAAGACAUUGGCCAUUAAAUUCAUUCAGCUUGUCACCUUAAUUUUAUAGCAGCAGCACAGAAUUUAGCCACUUUCCUCUAUUAGAUAUUUGAAGUAGUGGUCAUCAGAUCUGCUUGGGAUUCACUGCAUGCUUGGAGUGAUAAAUAUAGAACAUAUGUCCCUAUAAUAAUGACAGUAUUGUAGGACAUGAGUAACAGCUUCAACUUCCUUCAAACCACAUGGGCAUAUUCUCUCUGAAUAUGUUUUACCUUCAAAUCAGCUUGCAGUAAUGCAGAUGGUAGGACAUUGAGCCUGGCAAGGGUAAACGAUCAUCUAAAUUUGGGUUUUUCUAGCUUGGAUAAAUACCUCGCUGGAGUAAACCCCCUCCCAUUACCUUUAAUUUCUAGAUACCUGGCCAUUUCAUGCACAUGGCAUUUCAAAUCAGCAUCCGCAAGAUUCAUUGCUUAAUUGUGGAUUUGGUUUUCUCAUAUCCACAGGGCAUAGCUGUCAACAUUUCCCUU